CCGGGGUACGGCCCCCGCCCGGAGCACCAGGGGCCCGAGGGGUUCUUUAGGCGCCGGACGCUGAAGAUGACCGAUGCUGGAGCUCUCUUGAGCCAUGGCUUCUUCAAAGCUCCGAGAACCCGCUGAUGAGGUGUUUGACCUAGACUUGGCUGUGCCAGAGACCGUCAGACUGGACAGCAGUUUACACAAAGCCCGGGCCCAACUGCUGGCCAAAGGCCGUAGACAUCGGCCUUCCCGCUCCAGGCUUCGGGACAGUGCCAGCUCUGCGGAGGAUGGUGAAGGCUCCGAUGGGCCCGGAGGCAAGGUGACCGACGGCUGCGGGAGCCCCCUGCACCGGCUGCGCUCGCCUUUGCACUCGGGCCCAGGGUCUCCGGCCGUGGGCUCGUUCUGCCUGGAGCCUCCGGGGUUGCGGCGCAGCCUGGAUGAGGAUGAGCCGCCACCCUCGCCGCUCACCCGCUACCGACCCCUGCACAACGCCGCAUCGCACGAGGGCCUGGCCGCCGCCUCCUGCUCGCCGCCGCGCUCCGCGCCCUCCUCGGACAGCUCGCCGAGCUUUGUGCGCCGCCACCUGCGUGCAGAGCCUCACAGCGAAGAUGACAGUCGGGAUGCCAGCCCACCUGAGCCUGCCAGUCCCACCAUUGGCCUGGAUAAGAAGACUCGCCGGAAGUUCCUGGACCUGGGGGUCACCUUACGCCGAGCAUCUACUAGCAAGAGCCGGAAGGAUAAGGGCAGCAACCGCCUGUCCAUGGGCAGCAGGGAGUCGGUGGAGGGGUCCAGCAGGUCAGCGGGCUCCCCGUUCCUGCCCUUUUCCUGGUUCACAGACAGUGGCAAGGGCUCGGCGUCCUCCGGCAGCACCACCUCCCCUGCCUGCUCCCCUAAACAUGAGAGCUUCAGCCCUAAGAAGUCAGCUUCUCAGGAAUCCACCCUGAGUGAUGACUCCACACCCCCCAGCAGCAGCCCCAAGAUCCCGAGUGGUCCCCGGCAGGAGACCAAGUGCUCCUACCCCUACCACACGCUGUCCCAGUCUUCGGAUGAGUUCCUGGAUGAACCUCUCCCCACUAUCCACCACUGGACCAGUCAGCAGGUGGGCCAGUGGCUGCACAGCCUCAACCUGGAGCAGUAUGCCGCCGAGUUUGCCGCACGGCAGGUGGACGGGCCGCAGCUCCUGCAGCUGGAUGGAAGCAAACUGAAGAGCCUGGGGCUCAGCAGCUCGCAUGACCGGGCACUGGUGAAGCGGAAGGUGAAGGAGCUGGCAGCGGCCGCUGAGAAGGAGCGCAAGGCCCAGGAGAAGGCUGCCCGGCAGCGCGAGAAGCUCCGGCGCCGGGAGCAGGAGGCCAAGAAGAGCUAGAGGAGAGCGAGGCAGGCAUGGCACCCAGGCACGGGCAGCCGCCGCUGGGCGGGCACAGGCUCCCGCGGGGAAGUGGAGCCUGGGCGCCAAGCUUGGGCUGGCCCGGCCCCACGGCCUCAGGGGUACAUGCCCUCUCUCAUCUUGUCACUCUGUCUGGACCAAGAUCCCCCAGAAAGGGAGGCCCAGGGAGAGGGCCCAGUACUAAAUC